AUGGAAAUCUACCAGCGAGGCCAAGCCUUUAUUGAAAAAGAUGGCGAUCUGGAAUUCGCAUUUACCAAACUCAUCAUCAAGGGACCAAAUCACCAAUAUUUUUACGCUACUACAAAAGAUCGCAUCGGCACAUUCUCUUCGGUGGAUAUAAAUCAACUUGAAAUGGUCCCAAUCCCUCUCGAAAAUAUUUGGCCGCUUUUUUCAGACCACUUCUCGCAGGCAAUGGAGCUCUCUUCAUCAAAGUACUAUAUCAAGGAACCAAAUCUAUUAAGUUACGGUGAUUCACCGGCUGCACUACAAAGCAGCAACGAAAUAUUAAAUGAGGUUUUGGUCUGUGAAAUUCUAAAAGUAAACCCUCAUCCUAAUAUAGCCUCCUAUAUAGGCUGUGUUGUUACCAACGGCCGCAUUCGAGGAAUCUGUCUUACGAGAUACAAGAUGACGCUCGAUGAGAGAUUACAAGACACAAAAGCUUUCGAUACAGAUGCCUGUUUGCGGGAAAUUGAACUGGGUAUUCGUCAUUUACACUCGCUGGGGCUUAUUCACAAUGACAUUAACCCGGCAAAUAUCAUGGUUGAUGAUAGUGAUCGCCCAGUCAUAAUUGAUUUUGACUCCUGCUCUCACCACGGGGAGAAGCUAGGCCCCAAGGCAGGUACAUGGGGGUGGUUCAUACAGGGCAUGGAAUUUGCGAGGUACGAGAACGACUUCUUUGGGCUCGCAAAGCUCCGAGAAUAUAUGCUCAAGUAG